AUGGACGACGCGUUUGAGUCUGGAUCGGACUUGAGUAGUGCUGAGGAGAGCCAUUCGCCGCCGCCGCCGCCGCGUGUGAAAGAGAAGCGGGCUACACAGGCUCCGCUGCCGCCGCCGCCGCCAGCGUCCACGUCCGACGCUGCGUCUCGUCCCAAACGACCUCGGCCCUCGAUGGACUCGGAUCCAUCGAAAAAACGAGGGCCAGCACAGAUGGACGUGGAUGAGGCGACACCGUCUCGUCCAAAGUCUACUGACCCGAAAGAAGCGCAUUUUGGGAAUACCAUGAGCGGUUGGGACCAGUUGUUUGGCGGUAUGGCAGCUGCGCCAGCGCCAGAACCUGCGCGUCCAAAGGAUACCACGCCGGAGCAGAAAGCCGCCGCAGCGGAAGCUGAGGCGAUGAAGAUGCGCGAGGCUCGUGCAAAAGAAGCACAGGAACGUAAAAAGGAACAAGAGCAGGCGAAAGCGAAAGAGAAAGAGAAGGCCGAGCGUGAGAAAGCGCGUGCACAAGCCGAGACGGCCGCGGCCGCUGCGAAAACGCCGGUAGAAAAGCGUGCUCAAUCUGUGACCGCGGAUGUCUUGCUGGACAAGCGGCGUCAGAUUCGCCGCGAUAUGGACCAUCAAGCGACCCUCGACUUGUUGGCAAGUGGGCGAACGAUGAGAGCCUAG